UGUAGUACGACGCGGCUCCGCCCGGGUUCGCGGGCGCCCCCGCGCCGGAGUGGGGCGGCCCCGACAGGCCCUUCCGCGGUGCCGGGCCCCUGCCCCUCUCAGGGGCGGCUCCCUGGGUUCUCGGCCCCUCCCGGGCACAGUGCCGGCGCGCUGCUCCAGCUCCGGCCGAGAUCGAGAUGGCGACACUCGAUGGUGACACUCGAUGGCACCGGCGGCGCAGCCCGCCGCGCCCGCCGCCCGCUCCGGCACUACAACACCCACAGUGCCCCGCGGCGGCCGCGGCGGUUCCGGGUGGCGGCAGCUCCUCGGCGCUGCGCCCGGUGCAUGGCGGUGGUGCGGAGCAUGGGCCCCGAGCGCGUCUGUCCCCGGGAGCCCGGGCCGCCGGAGGGCUCUGACGGCGCGGCGGGGUGGAGCGGCGAUGAGGAGGACGAGGAGGAGGAAGAGGAGGAAGGCGGCGGAUACUUGUAUCAGCCGCUGAGCCAGGAACCGGAGCAGGGCGUUGGCGACGCGGGCCCCGGCCUGCAGGAGCGGCUCCAGAUGCUGGGGCUGCACCUGCCCGACCCACCGGUGGACAGCGAGGAGGAGAAUGAGGAGGAGGCAGCGGAAGGCGCCACGGCUCAGAGCAGCCACAGCUCCAUCCCCAUGGAUGCAGAGCAUGUGGAGCUGGUGAAGAGGACGAUGGCCAGCGUGAAGCUGCCCACUCUGGGCAUCCCUGCCUGGGCCAGCCAGAUCUCGGAGGAGCAGUGGAAGGAUGUGGUGCAGCGCACGCUGCAGGCCCGGCAGAGCCUCGGCGGGCCCCGGCCUCAGUGGAAUUGAGGGCUGAGCUGCGGCACAGGGGCUGCAAACCCCAGCCCUCCCUCCGCCCUGGAAGCGCCCUCUGCCUCCGGGCCAGGUGCUUACAGGACUUACCAGUAUCAAUGUUCCAGUUCGUCCCACUGACAUUGUCUGAUUUUCCUUCCCACUCCUUUUUCUUGGUUCUGGUGCAUAAGUCAGUGUGAUGACCUUGUGUUGGCUUCCUCUACCUCUGAGGAGGCAGAUUGGCUUCCAUGCCUGGAUGCAUACGGGGUGAUGGGGCUUGGCUGGCUUUGCCCAGAUUCCCUCAGGACAAACACCAGAUUUGGCACCAUGCUAACAGUACCAGAGAAGUCACUCUCCAGGCUAGGGCCCCUCCUCUCAGGAUAGGGUCUGUGUGUUGGAAUAUCACAGGUGGAACAAGAUGUGUCAUUCCAAGAGAUUGGUUUUAUUUAGUUCUGUACAUACAGGGACAUCUGUACAAAAUCCAACACUUUCAUACUAUGUAAUGCUCUACUGAAAAUAAAGUACACCAUAUGUACAUAUGAA